GGCCCAUUCUGGCAUUCGUAGUUGUUUUCAUUGGCUUCAGAAGCUAUGAAGAUGACAGAGGAAAACAACAUGGGACAUUCUACAAUAACAGUAGAAGAUGUUCAAACUCUUGUUAAAAAGAAAGACGAAAUUGAAGAGCAAAUUAAAGCCUACUACGACGUUUUGGAAGAUCAAGGUGUUGGCACGGAGGGCCCUCUGGUUGAUGAGGAGGGAUUCCCACGCGCAGAUGUCAAUGUGUACCAGAUCAGAACCGCACGUCACAGUAUUUCUUGUCUGCAAAAUGACCACAAGGCCAUUAUGGUGGAGAUUGAAGAGGCGCUGCACAAGCUGCACUCUCGAGAGAAGGCCAAGCGCAAGCAGGACGAGGCGGAGGCCGACCCUGAGGUCAUGGAGCAAGAAGUCUCUCUGCCCCCUCCCUUCGCCCGCGUGGAUGCUGUCACGCAAGGCUCGCCUGCCUGUCGAGCUGGCCUGAGUCUCGGUGAUGAAAUCAUUGAGUUUGGCUCCGUUAACACGGGAAAUUUCCAGAACCUCCAGAAUAUUGCCUCUGUGGUACAGCACAGUGAAGGGAAACCAUUACGUGUUGCAGUGAUUAGAAAUGGACAGCGAACUCAGAUAAGCCUCACCCCACAGCAUUGGUCAGGCAGGGGCCUACUGGGAUGCAACAUAGUACCCAUCCAGAGAUGAAGAUUGACCAGCACGAUCAUGUCACUUUAUCACUAGGUGGAUAACACUUUCAUGGAAUUGUUUAUAUAACAUAGCCUCUAUACAAGCAAUUUGCAAAUUUCAGUUGGGUUUCUUAGACGCAUUGCUAAAUAUUACAUAUUUGUUAAGAGUUGUUUUCACUGAUAAAAAAAAUAAACACAGUAUGAAGUUGA